GGAGAGCAGGGUGCUGGGGUCUGUGAAAGGUCUAAAGGUGGGAGAGCCAGGGCUGCUGGAGUCUCUACUCCUGCCUUUCCCCCAUCCCCAGCUGAGCACUGCAGCCUGGCCUGAGGCCAGGAGCAGGCUCAGCAGGUCCCAGGGGUGUGGUGGCGACCAGUGGCAGAGCCAGCCUACACCGGGUAGGCAGUCAGCAGAGGCAGCACAGUACAUCAGGAGCGUCUGGGUUCACUCGGCGGGAGCCCAGCGAGGCAGCAUGACCAUGAGCCCUCUGCUGUACUAUGCCCUACCCACCCUGGGCGGCUAUGUCAUGCUCUCCAUCUUCUUCCUGCGCCGGCCUCGCCUGCUGCACACACCCUGGGCUCCAGCCUUCUUGCCGCGCCUGGGGGCCCACCGGGCAGGAUCUGGAGAGCGACUGGAACACACCAUAGAAGCCAUGGAGAACUCCAUGGCCCAGCGAUCCGACUUCCUGGAGCUUGACUGCCAGCUGACACGGGAUGGUGUGGUGGUGCUGUCCCACGACGAGAACCUGUCUCGCCAGUCAGGCGUGAAUAGGGAUGUGAGCAGCUUGGACUUUGAGGAGCUGCCCCUCUACAAGGAGGAGCUGGAAGUUUACUUCUCACCAGGACACUUUGCACAUGGGUCAGAUCGGCGUAUGGUGAGUCUGGAGGAUGUGUUCCGGAGGUUCCCUCGGAUGCCCAUGAGCGUGGAGGUCAAAAAGGGAAAUGAAGAACUCAUUAACAAGAUAGCGGGCCUGGUGAGGCACUUUGACCGCAAUGAAAUCACCAUCUGGGCCUCGGAAAAGAGCUCAAUCAUGAAGAAGUGCAGGGCUGCUAACCCCGAGAUGCCAUUCGCCUUCACGAUAACCCGAGGAUUGUGGUUGGUGCUGCUCUAUUACCUGGGGCUGCUGCCCUUCGUCCAUAUCCCGGAGAGGUUUUUCAUCUGCUUCUUGCCCACCAUCAUCAAUAGGACCUACUUCCCAUUUCCCUGCUCUGGGCUGAACAAGCUGGCGGCUAUGGUUUCCAAAUGGUUAAUCAUGAGGAAAAGCCUGAUCCAACACCUGGAACAGCGAGGAGUGCAGGUGAUCUUUUGGUGCCUUAAUGAAGAGUCGGACUUUGAAGCAGCCUACAGCCUGGGGGCCACCGGGGUCAUGACCGAUUACCCCACAGCCCUGAGGCACUACCUGGACAAUCACCGAGGAGCUGCCCAGGCCUCCUAAAAGCCCAGAAAACCUCACCCUCUUGUCUAGGUCUCUUUCCCAAUAAAUAUCCUCUUUUGA